AUGCUCUCUUCUGAUACCUAUGACUCCAACCAAAUACAUGUUAAGGCGAAAGGCUGGGAUGAUAAUCGUAAACGGUUGUUUGAAAAACGAGUCGCUGCACUUUUAAACCAUAAGGAUUUUGUGGUGCUCCAUGUACCCGAUGAUGAUGGGUCAAAGCUGAAGCUUGUAAAGCCUGCCAAGAACGCAUACCAUCAAGAACGCAUGAUACAAAAAAUCAACGCGUGUGAAAACAAUCCUACUACUUGGUAUGCGUUAUCCCAUUACUGGGGCCCUGCCAAAGCCAAGGGAGAGCUUUGGACCGAUAUCAGUAACCACCUCGAUGACGAACAUGGGGAGCCAAUCAAUCCUGAAGGGAAUAAUCCUAUUUGGAUGCGAUCAGAAAAACGUGGCACGCUACUCACCUUACUACGAGCUUACCCUGACAGCUACUGGUGGAUCGAUGUCUUGUGUGCACGCACCGAUACACCGUUGGACAUUAUGGGUGACAUUUAUGCUUGCUGUACUCAAUCGAUUUCCAUGAUCGAUUGUCCUCCUGGUAUCAUAUCCGAAAUCCAUACGAUGAAGAAUUUGGAUCCUCAUUUUCCACGUGCAUCCGACAAAGAAGAAAUAGGAUUCGAUGAGUAUUUCUCCCAGUAUGAAGAGUUGAAUGAGCUCUUUCUUUCGUUGACGCAAUGUGAAUGGUGGAAGCGUGUUUGGACUUGGCAAGAAAUGGUGCUUCCUCAAGACAUCCUAUUUUUGUCUGAAACAACCACCAACGUCUCUGAUGAAAACAUGCUUUGUAUGGAUGACCUUGAUCAUUAUGAAGCGAUGCUGGGAAGGAUGAUUCUUUGCUGUAUGCGACAUGGCACACGGACACUGCAUGCCCCAACCACCGCCUUCAAGGAACUGAAAACUUCCCGAAAAUUCAACACCUACCGCGUUUCGGAUAAAAAGGAGCUGGCAUCACUUAUCACGUUAUUCGAUACAUUUGGAGGGUCCACCAGAGUUUGUAUGGAUCCCUCUGAUUAUGUUUAUGGCGUCCUCGGUGUGCUUCAAUUUGAGAUCCCAAGGAUGGCGAAUCCCAAGGAAGUUUGGCAUGACUUUUUGUCAGAGCUUGAUAACUUUGUCGAGGCUUACGUGUGUAACCAAUCCUCAAGUCAAAUGGAUGUACCACCACCUUCAUUGUUCACAAUCAAUGAUCGUGCUCGUCAUUUGGAUUUGACAACUGUUAAAAACAUGAGCGACGUCUACCGUGAUUUGCUUAUCGAGUAUAAUUGUACCAUAUAA